AUGGCAUCAGCAUCAUCAAACAUGUUGGCUCUGAUUUUACUGACAUGGAUGCUGGGUUGUUGCCAUGCAUUAAUAUCGUACGAGCAGUGUAUUAAGAACAUCCCGGCACCGGUUACAGCACGGCCACCGAGCGAGAAGGCAGAGACGGCGGAGGAAAUUAACUGGUUGAGCAUUAUUUGCAGAGAUUUAGGACGCAGCUUGUACUUUUACAUUCGGAUGAACAACAAAUUGCCAGAUGAGUAUGUGAAAGCUGUUUGUCAUGUGUUUAAAAAUGAGGAAGCUGAGAUCAAAACGUACAUCACUCAAGUCUUCAAAUUCUACGAUUAUAAACAACUUAUGGCAGGCCGAUCUUGUGCUCUUUAUUCUUGA